AUGGCGGCCUUUGGUGACUUCUUCGGUCAGGUGGGUGGCACCAUGAAGCCGACGGAGCAGCUGCGGUUCACACUGCGGCGAGAGCAGGGCCUGGAAGUGAGGAGUCGGAGGAGUUGCAUGUCUUUUGGCCAGAUGACCUUGUCGGCCACAGCACUGGGUGAUACCAUGCUGCCCAGAUUUCGGGAAACCUACUUGUACAGAUGUUAUGAGAGGAAUGUGCGCUCAAGCGACGUGCUCCCAAACUCUGAGCCAGAGGAUGAGGAAUUGGACCUCUCCCAGAUUAGAGUUCAAAGCACACCGCAGCAGCUGAGCCUCCGCAUCCCUGCUUGCCCAUCAGCUCUCCCAGCCACGAAGAUGGCAGGAAGUACGGAGUACGAAGUUGUGUCUGUUAGCUAUGUAUCCACCUGCAUCACCUGCCUUGAGGUUCUCAAUGCCUGGGCCAGUGCUGCCAUGAAGUCGCUUGCAGGCUUGGCAGGCCAGCGCAGAUUCAAAAAGGAGAGAGAUGCUGCAGCCAAAGUGCUUCAGGCAAGUAGCUCGCAUCAGGUGGCUUGCCGCUGGUCCAAGCACUUCAAGCACUUGGCGGAGGGGGCGGCGUCAACGCUUCUGUGUGGCAGGCUUGGGGGCGUUGGUUCCAUUGACGCCUUCUUGGAGGAGAGCGAAAAGUCACUAGCGACCUCUGCCGUGAUGUUCAUUGGAUCCAUCAAGGGCCUGAACAAGCAUUCCACAGCGAGGGAAGGAAACUACAUGGGAAUGGUUGCUACUGCCUUGGGAAUCCUUUCUGUGCUGCUGUCCCCGGGAUUUCACUCCGCGCACAUCCGUUUCUUCCUGACCUUUUUGGCAGCCGGCGGCGUUGGUUACGGUAUUGCCAGCAACGUGAAAAUGGAGGACAUGCCGCAGCUAGUUGCGGCCUUCCACUCCUUUGUUGGGCUGGCGGCGGUUUUUGCUGGCUUUGCUAGCUACAGCAACGUAGCAAACCCCUACACGGUCAUGAAGGCGCUGGAGACAGCAAUAGGCAUCGCCAUUGGUUCUCUGACUUUCACUGGUUCAGUGGUGGCAGCUGGGAAGCUUCAUGAGCUGAUCCCAGGAAAGCCCAUAAUCCUUCCACAGAGGUGGCUACUAAACGGGGCUGCAGUGGGAGGCAGUGCCGUUCUCACUGCCCUCUUCCUGAACCCAGCCACGUACGCCUCACACGCAGGAGCUGCGCUUCUGCUGGCCAAUACGGCCAUCUGGGGCUUCCUUGGGGUAAACAUGGUCUUGCCCAUAGGUGGAGCUGACAUGCCAGUGGUGGUCUCGCUCCUCAACGCCUUCAGCGGUCUUGCUACAUCCGCUGCUGGCUUCAUGCUCUCCAAUGACUUGCUUACAAUCUCUGGAGCCUUGAUCGCCUCCAGCGGCACCCUGCUAAGCGAUAUCAUGUGCCGGGGAAUCAACCGAUCCAUGUACAACGUCCUCCUGGGUGGAUUUGGCACCGACGCAGGCAGCUCCUCAGCUGCUGCAGCCGCCACAGGUGGCAGGGAGAAUGUGAGCGAAGUCUCUGCUGUUGGCUUUGUGGGCAUGCUCUUCGGGGCCAAGAAGGUUGUGAUCGUUCCCGGUUACGGCCUGGCAGUGGCCAGAUGCCAGCAGAAGCUGGCAGAAAUCGUAGCCAUGCUGCGAAGGCAUAAUGUCACCGUGCACUUUGCCAUCCACCCAGUGGCUGGCCGCAUGCCUGGUCACAUGAAUGUGCUCCUGGCAGAAGCCGAUGUGCCUUACGACAUUGUCAAAGAGAUGGAUGAGAUAAACGCAGAGCUGCCAACAUACGAUGUCGGGAUUGUGGUAGGGGCCAACGACAUUGUGAAUCCUGCGACCCAGGACGACCCCAGCAGCCCCAUAUACGGCAUGCCGGCCAUUGAGAUAUGGAAGUGCAAGCAGUGUGUGGUCCUAAAGCGCUCAAUGGGGACAGGCUACAGCGGUGUAGACAACCCCCUCUUCUACCUCAGCAACGUGAAGAUGCUCUUUGGAGAUGCAAAGCAGUCCAUGGACAGCAUUAGCAGCUGCCUCGAGGACAGCCAUGACCGCUUCACCGCAGCAGCAGGGGCAAGCUCCAGCGGUGACCAGCAUGAUGCCACGCAAGGCGCAGAGCCCGAGGUCUUCCCAGAAGCGCUGCGGGUCAUUGGCAUCCUACGAGAGCGCAUCCCAGGUGAAGCUCGAGUCAGCUUUGCGCCAUCCGCCGUUGCGAAGCUGCGGCGCAUGGGAUUCUCCAUCCUUCUGGAAGCUGGUGCCGGCACCGCUGCUGGCUUCACAGACGAGGAGUACACGAGGCACGGCGGUGUCCAGGUGGCUGAGUCCUCGGUGGAGGUCCUGAAGCAGGCUGACAUCAUCUUCAAAGUGACCGAACCGCUGCUGGAUGAAGUGCAGAUGCUGCAGGGAACCCAGACGAUGGUGGGGUUCUGGAACAUGUACGGCACCCAGGAGCUCCUUGCAGCCCUGGCACAGACCUCCGCCUCCGUGCUGAACCUGGCUUUGGUGCCCCGCGUCUCGAGGGCGCAAAAGCUGGACGCUUUAACGUCCAUGGCCAACAUCGCUGGUUAUCGCGCCAUCCUUGAUGCCUUCGCCCGGUUUCCGCGCUUUAGCCGAGCAGGUUCCACCGCUUUUGGCUCCGUGCCACCAGCAAAGGUCUUUGUCAUCGGGGCCGGGGUUGCUGGUCUCAGUGCGAUUGCCACGGCGCAUUCACUUGGCUGCAAGGUCUUUGCCAAUGACGUGCGCGACGCUGCCCGCGAGCAGGUCGAGUCAAUGGGCGCACAAUUCAUUGCGGUGGACGCUCAGGGCAUCGCAGGUGAGGGUGCUGGAGGGUAUGCCACGGUCAUGGGCGAGGACUUCACUCGUGCCCAGCUGGCCACAUACGCCCGAGUCGUUCCCGACAUGGACGUGAUCGUCACCACGGCCAUGAUCCCGAACAGAGCAGCUCCGGAGCUGAUUACCAGCGAGAUGGUGGCCUCCAUGCGCAAAGGCUCCGUUAUCAUCGAUCUGGCUGCGCAGACUGGCGGCAACUGUGUCUACACGGAACAGAACAAGGCCGUCGUGACCCCAAACGGCGUGACCGUGGUGGGGGAGACGAACUACCCCUCCCAGAUGGCGUCGCAAUCGAGUGAGAUGCUGGGAAGCAACUUCACCGCCCUCCUUGAGGUGCUUGGUGGUGCUGAAGGCUUUGGUGGAGAACACUGGGAUGACCCUGUGGUGAAGCCAGCCAUCGUGGCUCGCGGGAGUGCAGUCGUGUGGGACCCCAACCCACCCAGGCCGCCGGCACCACCUGCCGCUGCCGAGGGCAAUGGUAUCGGUGGCUUUGGCGGCGCAUCGCCGGUGCCACCGCCGCCCCCUGCAGAGGCUAAUGCAGUCAUCGCCUGGAUCCAGGAGCACAAGGACGAGUUGGCUCUGGGUGUGGGCGCUGCCGUUGUCCUUGGCUUGGGCCUUGCAGUGGACAUCCCUGAGGCGGAGGUCACGCACUUGGGCUAUUUCGUCCUCUCGUGCCUUAUUGGAAACUUUACCGUAGCGGGAGUGACGCCUGCCUUGCACACACCGCUCAUCAGUGUGACAAACGCCAUCAGCGGUAUCAUUGUGGUGGGCGGUAUGCUGCAGCUGAGUGGCCCUGUGCUCUCAGCGCGAGUGGGCUGUGCGCUGGCUGCCGUGUUCCUCUCAAGCGUGAACAUCGUGGGAGGUUUUGCCGUCACGGCUCGGAUGCUGGAUAUGUUUCGUGAGGAUGCCAACCCAAAGAAGGCUUUGGCAGAAAGGUCCUAA